AUGAAAUCUAUUGGUGAAAGAGAUUUUAGUGUGCAAGAAACAAUGCACUUACUGAGCCAGCACUCUCACUUAACUUACAAAUUACUACCCAUAAACUUAAAUGGUUCUCUCAAAAUUGAAACAAACUUAAGAUGUAUCCAAGAUUCUAUGUUAGAUAUUUACGGUAAACGUGAAGUACAUCAAAAUAACUCACCAGAUAUAAUGAAAAUGAACUCUGUAACCUUUGCUGCAAAUUAUAAAGUUAGUAAAGGGAAACUGAUUAAACAAUCGACUAAUGUAGUACCCAGAAUUUUCCCAAACUACUCUCCUAACCCAAGUGGAGAUAAUUAUGGUUUAUAUUGUAGAUAUCAGCUUCUGAAAUAUAAGCCUUGCAGUGGUUCACAAAAUGACGCUUCGAAUAGCGAUUCACCAGAUAACGAUUUGUUUAUCAAUGCAUGGUGCAAUUUUUUGCAUUCCCCUUUUGCAAAAGCCAAUGUCCCAGAAUGGGGAAAAAAUCACAAUGCAUUAGAGAAUUACAAUCAAAGUAAAAGUGGGUUUGAAACUGUAGAAAAAGAUGAUUCUCAAGAACAAUGGAUGAUAAUUUCAGAUAUACAUAGCUCCCUUGAACAACUAAGCAAGAAACAGAUUUUUCAUGAUUGGAAAGAAGGAAGUUUGAAUUAUUCUCAACAACAACUAGGUGAAAUGCUUAAAUGGAUUAAAACAACAAAGGAAGCAUCAAAAGUAAGCCAUAGUGACAGUAAACAAAUUGAUGUGUCCACUUUUAGUUCUGAGCAAAAACUCUCAUAA